AUGGAGUCGGAAGCUCUUUUGGAGGAUGAGCGAUCAGAAGAACUCUCGUCCAUUGCCGCCAUCUUCCCGGAAAUCAAGGUCGAUCCUUCGUCUCCCUUUCGAGCGUCGCUAGACAUACCAGUCAAACCAACAACACCUCUGAACGUCUGCUUCUAUCAACAUCCGGAAGUUGGCUUUCCUGCGGUCCUUACUCCUCCGACUUCCCUCGACGCCAACGAAGUCGGCCUAGGGUCAAAGGCCAAACUAGACGACCAAUCAAGCACGGACACGGAGAGAGACGUACAUGUCCUUGCCCACUUACCGCCUCUUCGUAUUGAGAUUGAGCUCCCAGCGGGCUAUCCUUCGGCAAAACCUCCUACAUUCAAACUCAGCACCAAUCCGCACUGGCUGCCGUUGUGGGCUGUUACGAAAUUGCUGGACGAUGGCAAACAGCUCUGGGAGGAAUUUGGCCGGUCCCUGGUGGUCUUCAGCUACAUAGAUCAUCUUCAACAACUGGCAGAGACGGCGUUCGGAAUCGAGGAGGCUUCCGGUGGUGAAGUGCGACUCCCGCGGGAAUUGAAGAUUGCCUUGCUGGAUUUCAACAACAAGGCAGAACGUGAGAAGUUUGAACAGGAAACUUUCGAGUGCGGGAUAUGUCUCGAGCCUAAGAAGGGCGCUAACUGUCAUCGGCUAUUAAUGUGCUCCCAUGUCUUCUGCGUACCUUGCCUGCAGGACUUUUACAACACCUGCAUCACUGAGGGAGACGUUGAGGGUGUCAAGUGCUUAGCCCCUGAUUGUGGUCAAGAACAAAAGGCACCACUUGCCGGCGAGAAAAAACCCCGCAAGAAGCGAGAUCGCACACUUAGCCCAUCAGAGCUCCUGCAAAUACCCCUCGAACAAGAAACAGUGCAACGUUAUGUCUUUAUGAAACGGAAACGAAAGCUGGAAGCUGACAAGACGACUAUCUACUGCCCUCGACAAUGGUGCCAGGGCGCGGCUCGGUCAAAGAAGCAUCCUAAACCGGUCGAUCCCAUGUCAGACGAUCUAGAAGACUCCGAUGACGAACCAGAAGGCCUUGUCUUCGAUCCCCUAGGGGAGGAAAGCCAAUUACCUCCCAUGGCGGAUCGGCUGGCUAUUUGCGAGGACUGCAAUUACGCAUUUUGCUGUGUAUGCAAGAAAGGAUGGCAUGGAGAACUAGUGCGGUGCUUCCCUCGGCGACAGGCAGAAUUGACCGCAGAGGAGCAAGCAACAGAGAACUAUCUCAGGUUGUACACGUCCGCUUGCCCAACAUGCGAUGCUCCCUGCCAGAAACGUAUGGGCUGCAAUCACAUGAAAUGCUUCAAGUGCGGCACACACUUCUGCUAUCUUUGCUCCGCCUGGCUUGAGGAGGGGAACCCGUAUCGACACUUCAACGACCUUACCAGCCCUUGCUUUAACAGACUCUGGGAUCUGGAAGGUGGUGAUGGCAUUGAUCCGGAAGGUGCUGAAGCUUUGCAUCAGGUGCCUGAGCAGAUGGUCUUUGAUGACAGUGACGACGAAGAACCACCGCAAUGGGAGAUGGACCGCGAUGACAAUGAGCCGAGAAAUGGAAGACAGCCUCCACCACCAGCUCCGGUUCCUCCUCGGGUCAACCAAGCCGUUGCUGGAAAUCGCGUUCUGGGACGAAAUGCGAACGGUCUCGAUGCAGCGGGCCGAGCAGCCGCAGCCGAACGACAAGCCCAGGCCCGAGCAAUGGCAGAGAUCCGAGCUGGCCGCGUACCUGGGGGUGUUGCGCCUGAACCACCUGCCGUUCCGCGAGCAGGCCUCCAGCGAUUCCUUGACCUCGUCCAGAACGACCGCGAAGAUGAAUGGGACAGUGACGAGUUAGAGGACGGUUUCUGA